AUGUUGUACAAAGAGGGCACCGUGGAUGACAACGCCGUCAAGCAGGCCAAAGGCCAGGUGCUGGAGGGCGGCAACGGCGUGCGGGUCGGGGGCUGGGUGAUCGCCACCCACAAGGGCCCCAUCACACCCGACGUGGAGCUGGAGCGCAUCAAGCGGGAGCUGCACACGCUGGCCGCCCCCGAGCAGUUCUUCGGCGACAACUACCUGCACCUGACGCACGAGGCCAGCGGCACAACCAUCAGCUUCACAGCGCGCGACGCCCUCCAGGGCUGGCUGGACGACACGUCAGGUGCGGCGGCGGCAGGCAGCAGCAUCAGUCCUGCCGCUGCUCCGGCCGCGGGCUCUGCCGCCCCUGCGCACGCUGCACAGACGCUGGAAUACGACUGGACCUACACAACAGCAUACGCAGGCACCGUGAACACAGGCAGCGGCGGCGCCGCCGGCGCCGCCGGCAGCGACCCCCCCAAGGCGGCGGCGCCGCCAGCAUCAGCACCAGCAGGGGCAGCAGGAGCAGCAGCAGGGGCAGCGGCGGGGGCAGCGGCGGACGGGCCUUGCGCCGGCGGGCCGACGGGGGCGGGGCGGUGGGAGGCGACGACGGCGCAGGUGAACCGCGCGCUGCUGACCAGCCGGGACCCCAUCCUGUACUACGAUGAGCUGGCGCUGUACGAGUCUGAGCUGGACGACCACGGCUCCUCGCGCCUCGCACUCAAGGUGCGCGUCAUGCCGCGCUGCUGGUACGUGCUGCUGCGCUUCUGGCUGAGGGUGGACCACGUGAUGGUGCGGCUGCGAGAGACCCGCCUGUUCUGCCAGUUUGACUCGCCCGAGGGCACGGCGACGGUCCUGCGGGAGGUGCAGGUGCGGUACCACGAGGGCAAGUUUGCAGACCUGCGGGCGGCCGGGGCGCCCGCCGAGGGCCCCGCAUACGCAGACCCAGACAGCGCGUCGGCGGCGCUCAUGGCUGUGGCGCCCGUCGGCGUGACGCACUACCGCAUGGAGCAGAUGCGGGUGUAG